CCCAGUGCCCACCCACCCAACGCCAGAGCAGGCAGCAAAGGCACGCAAUAAUGGCGGGAGACAAGCAGCAGCAGCCGCAGCAGGAAGCCUCAGCCUCAGCCCAUCCCCUCCACGUCGUGGUGUUCCCAUGGCUGGCGUUCGGCCACCUCAUCCCGUUCCUGGAGCUCUCCAAGCGGCUGGCGGCGCGGGGCCACUUCAUAACCUUCGUCACCACGCCGGCGAACGCCGCCAGGCUGCCGACCGGCCUGUCCGACGCCCGCGUCCGCAUCGUGGAGCUGGCGCUGCCGCGCGUGGACGGGCUGCCGGAGGGCGCAGAGUCGACGGCCGACCUGCCGCCGGAGAAAGUCGAGCUCCUCAAGGCCGCCUUCGACGGCCUCGCCGCGCCCUUCGACGACCUGCUCGCCGCCGCCUGCUGCGCCGGCGGUCGGGAGCAGGCGGCGGAGGGGUUCGGGAGGAGGCCGGACUGGAUCGUGCUCGACUUCGCGCACUACUGGCUCUGCCCCAUCGCCGAGAAACAUCAGGUUCCCUGCGCGAUAUUCUUCAUCUUCACGGCCACCAGCAUCGCGUACGCCGGCUCACGCCGACAGAACGCCAGCCACCCCCGCGUCACCGUCGACGACUUCAUGCCGAUGCCGCGGUGGUUCCCCUCCCCACCGUCCCUGGCCUUCCGCCGCCAUGAGGCCGCGUGGAUGGCCGCUGCGUUCCGGCCCAACGCGUCCGGCGUCUCCGACUUCGAGCGCAUCUGGAGGACCGAGGAGCGCUGCCGCAUUCUCGUCCUCCGCAGCUGCCCGGAGGUCGAGCCCCCUCAGCUCCGCGUGUUCCCCCUACUCGCCGAGCUCUUCGGCAAGCCCGUCGUCCCCGCUGGCCUCCUGCUACCGGAGGACGCGCGCGACGGCGGUGGCCAUGGUGAUGACGGCCCUGAGGUGGCGCGGCCUAGUGCGCUGCAGUGGCUCGACGGGCAGCCGCCGCGGAGCGUCCUGUACGUCGCGCUCGGCAGCGAGGCGCCGGUGACGGCGGCGAGCGUGCAUGAGCUCGCCCUGGGGCUCGAGCUCUCCGGCGCGCGCUUCCUGUGGGCGCUCCGCCAGCCGCCGAGCGCCGCCGGCGAGCAGCCAUUGCUGCCGGAGGGGUUCGAGCAGCGAGUGGCCGGGCGCGGGUUGGUGAUCGCCGGGUGGGUGCCGCAGGUGCGGGUGCUGGCUCACGCCGCCGUCGGCGCCUUCCUGACGCACUGCGGGUGGGGCUCCGUCACCGAGAGCUUCCGGUUCGGGCACCCGCUGGUGAUGCUCCCGUUCGUCACCGACCAGGGGCUCAUCGCGCGGAUGAUGGUGGAGAGGGGCGUCGGCGUGGAGGUGGCGCGGCGCGACGACGACGGCGAGGCGUUCGUCCGGGAGGACGUCGCCGCGGCGGUGAGGCGCGUGAUGGUGGAGGAGGAAGGGAAGGAGCUCGCGGUCAACGCGAGGAGGCUGCGGGAGGUUGUCGUCGGCGACGACGGCGGCCGGCAGGAGCGGUACGUCGACGAGCUCGUGGACUGCAUGCAGCGGCACAGCUUCACCGAGGUGCUUUGAGGAAUUGAGGCUAUGUAUGGGUUCGACGACUUUUAUGUAAAAUACGUACGUAUACGAUCGCAUGGACAUUUGUUGAAGGACCGAGUGGGCGAUUAUAUUAGAGGAUGGGUAAAUGAUAGCCUUUGAAAUUCUCUCCAACAAUAAAGUUUAUAUCCUGAUUACUAAUCCAAA